AUGGGGACUCUUGACACGCGGAAGUAUGAUACAGGUGAUACUGGCCAAGGAGCAAGAACGUGGAUAAAACAAAUUUUGAAUCAAGACAUGACUUUCCAACAUAUAAAAGUAAUUUACCCAACAGCUCCUGCCAGGCCAUAUACACCUAUGAAAGGAGCUGCUUCUACUGUGUGGUUUGACAGGUAUAAGAUCUCUAAUGACUGUCCAGAACACAUUGAAAGUAUUGAUGCUAUGUGCCGGGGACUUACAGACUUGAUCAAUGAUGAAAUUAAAAAUGGCAUUGCAAAGAAUAGGAUACUAAUAGGAGGCUUUUCAAUGGGAGGUGGAAUGGCAAUGCAUUUAGCAUAUAGGUUUCAUCAAGAUCUGGCGGGAGUCUUUGCUUUGUCUAGUUUUCUCAAUAAAGACUCUGCUGUUUACCAGGCUUUGAAAAGAAAUGAAAGUGUUCUUCCUGAAUUAUUUCAGUGUCAUGGAACUGCUGAUGAACUAGUUCUCUACUCAUGGGGUGAAGAGACCAACAGGAUGUUAAAGUCACUGGGAGUAUCAACGUCACUUCAUACUUUUCCAAACCUUAAUCAUGAGUUAAACAGAACUGAAAUAGAAAAUCUAAAAGCCUGGAUUGUAAAGAAAUUACCUGUUGAAGCAGCAAAGGCAAACGAAUAAAGGAAGAUGCAACUUUC